GCGUGGGUCUCAAGGCAUAUUGGGCUGCCCUGGAGUGUGGGAGUACUCAAUUUGAUCGAGUGAACAACGCGUUCCCUUUCGCAUCUUCACCCGACCAUUAUAACACCGGCAAACGCUGCGUUUAUUCCAGCCCUGUGCAGCAAUGCAAGAGGAUUUUGAAGACAUCGGUGCUGAAACUCAACACGACGGUUCAGAUGCGUUGAAUAGACAAGACGGACCGAUUGUGGAGGAAGUGACUCCAGUGAAGCGUCGUAAUCAACACAAGCCAUGCCCUCCAGCGGAUAUCAUACGUGGGCAUGUGACCUACUACUACACUCUAGGUCUGUCGGACAGUAAGAUCGCCGAGAGCUGCCAGCAGCACUUCAACACUGAGGUGUACGGCCUUAGCAAUACAACGGUCAAACGUCUACGAGCCCAGUGGAACUUGCCCAAAACUCGCCAGCAGAACCAUACUGCUGUAUCAAUAGACCCGUACUGCCGUGCUCUCAAAGCCCGGUACCCUACCUAUGGAGCCCGACAGAUGACGAGCACCCUGCGCAUCACGUACAACAUACGAGUUUCAGAGUCAAUGGUGGGCAAGUGGCUCAAGGAAUUUGAGCCUAAUGCCGUCCAAGCACGCAAGCAUCGCAAGUUUAAACGCCAUCAGUUCUGGGCUGCUGGAGUGAAUGAUGUUUGGGCGUUUGACCAGCAUGAUAAAUGGGCACGCUUUGGUCUUUUUCUCCACCUUUGCAUUGAGCCGGUCGCCGGCGAGAUCAAGUGGCUGAAAAUAUGGUGGAAUAAUUCAAAUCCUCGUCUCAUCACAAGCUACUAUCUGGAAGCUGUGCGUAGCAUUGGCGCUGUGCCCCUUGUCACUCAGAGCGAUCCAGGCAGCGAGAACUUUGGCAUCGCAAAUGCCCAGACGUACAUGCGCCAUACUCUUGAUCCUACACUUGCAGACACCUUACAACACCGUUGGAUGCGCGGCCACAUGAACAUCAAGCCAGAGAUCAUGUGGUCGGUCCUCAAUCGCUCAUGGAAACCUGGCUUUGAGGCCAAACUUCAGUACGGUAUUGAUAACGGGUGGUAUAAUCCUGCAAAUGAGCUUGAGACCCUCGUAUUUCGCUGGCUGGCAAUCCCUUGGCUUCAAGCAGAGCUUGAUGCGUGGGCACUACACUUCAACUCGACGCCGAGACGUGCAAGCAAACACAAGGUUCUCCCGCAGGGAAUACCAACAAUGAUAGCCCAGAACCCGGCUGCAUUCAACGUGGUUGACUUCAAGAUUCCUGUACCAGCAGACCUCGUAGAUGAGGUCGAGGAACUGUGGGCACCUCCUGAUCAUCCAGUUUUCGAGUGCGUUCCACCGUACAUCGCAGGCAAGCUGGAGGAAGCCAUUGAAGCCUUGGGUCGGCCUGCAAUCUCCAUGGAGACGUUCUGGGCUAUUUACCUCCAGGUACUCGAGUAUAUGCGAGCACCAGAGCGUCAGAACCCUGAGGAACAAGCCCUCCUUCUGUCCAGCGUGUUAGACAGCCGUCAGCCGCAUAAUGCUGAGCCCAUCAUGCUCAUGCCAGGCUUGCUGAACCUUCAAGAUAAUGGCCAACACUUCAGUGGGCCAGAGAAUGCUGACGCGGAGAACUUGAACCCUGACGCUCAGGGUAGUGCUGUUGGGUGGUUCACAGAUGAAGAAGACGAUGGAGAAGAUGCUGGGUUUUUCUGA